AUGGGUCGUCUCCAGGAGUACCAGGUCAUCGGCAGGCAUCUGCCUACCGAGACCAACCCCACCCCGUCUCUGUACCGCAUGCGGAUCUUUGCCCCCAACGAGGUCGUCGCCAAGUCGCGAUACUGGUACUUCAUGCGCGGUCUCAAGAAGGUCAAGAAGGCCACCGGUGAGAUCGUCAGCAUCAACGUGAUCCACGAGAAGCACCCCUUGAAGGUCAAGAACUUCGGUAUCUGGAUCCGCUACGACUCGCGCUCCGGCACUCACAACAUGUACAAGGAGUACCGUGAGAUGUCCCGGACCGAGGCUGUUGAGGCUCUGUACCAGGACAUGGCUGCCCGCCACCGUGCCCGUUUCAGGUCCAUCCACAUCCUCCGUGUCGUCGAGCUUGAGAAGUCCGACGAUGUCAAGCGCCCCUACAUCAAGCAGCUCCUGACCAAGGACCUGAGCUUCCCCCUGCCCCACCGUGUCCCCAAGAUCUCCACCAAGAAGGUCUUCAGCGCAAAGCGACCCUCGACUUUCGCCUAA